AGUAGAUGCAUAUAAAACCUGAACUCUCCCUCCUUUGCAUUUCCUUCUUGGCAGAGGCGUCUCCAAUCAGGGAACAAGGAGGAGCUUACCUUUGAAGCAAGCCAAGGCAAGGCAGGCUGAGAAGGAAGCUGUCGAUUUAAACUGGGACUAGCGCCGGGGGAAAGGGAACCGUCGGAGAAGAAGGCAGCCCGAGGCUAAAGGACACACACAGCCAUGGACUGGAAAUCUCUCAAAGACGUCUUGGGAGGGGUAAAUAGCCACUCCACCAGCAUUGGAAAAAUCUGGCUUACUGUCCUCUUCAUUUUCCGAAUUAUGAUUCUCGUGGUUGCUGCCGAAACAGUCUGGGGAGAUGAACAGCAAGAUUUUACUUGCAACACUCAACAAAUAGGAUGCAAAAAUGUCUGCUACGAUGCAUUUUUCCCUGUUUCACACAUUCGACUUUGGGCUCUCCAGCUGAUCUUUGUCUCCACUCCUGCACUUUUGGUUGCAAUGCAUGUUGCCUACAGAAGGCAUAAGAAGAAACGGAAAUACAAACCUGGAGAUAAAGUGGAUUUUGAAAAUCUGAAAAAGCAGAGGUUUCAUAUUGAGGGUGCCCUGUGGUGGACAUACAUCAGCAGCAUCUUCUUCCGAAUCAUCUUUGAAACUGUUUUCACAUAUAUUUUUUAUUUUAUAUAUAGAAGCUAUAAAAUCCCUCCUUUAGUCAAAUGUAGUGAUUAUCCUUGUCCAAAUACAGUGGACUGUUUUGUUUCCCGACCCACUGAGAAAACUGUAUUUACUGUAUUCAUGCUGGCAGUUUCAGGCAUCUGUUUGCUGUUGAAUAUACUUGAAUUGGCUUAUCUGAUACUAAAGUCUUGUGUGAGGAAAUCUAAGACUGUGAAAGCACUGCCCAGUGAUUAAACAUCCAAGUGUCUAAUUUUGAAUUAGCUAUAGAAAAUGGUCAGCAGUAUUUUCAUUCUCUAACAUAAAUGGUCAGAGUACUCUGUUCAGCAUUUGCUCUAGAGUAGAGCUAGAAAUAAUCUGUCCCUUAAGCUGUUGUUGAACGAGACUUUCCAGCAUUCUUUACCAUUUGCUGAUGAAGGUUGCAGUCCUUUGUAUUCACAGAUUCCAUUAUCCUUGGCUAGAAAUUAUUUAUUUUUAAGUCCAAAAGCAAACCUUGAUUUUGCCAUUUUAUAUAAGUGACACCAUCCUACUAUGUAUAUAAUGUGACUUGAGCAUCCAGAGAUUUUAGUACAUAUGGAGAUCCAGGAAGUUAACUCCAGCAGAUUCCAUGGACCUACUGUAUUUGUUUAUUUUUAAAAUCCCUGUAGGUAGGUAUAACCUCAAAUAUUUUUUUUUCUUAAACCCAGCUUACAUCUACUGUAUCCACACAUCUGAAAGGUUAAAUUCUGUGCUUUUACUUUUUAAACUUUCUAUUGAACAUGUGCUGUCAAUGUUACCCAAUUACAAUGAUGCUUCAAAUCACACGGAUUCAUCUGAAUGCGCUACAAACAAGAGCUGUUGUUUUCAUUGCUGUUGAUUUUUUUUAUAGUCACUGAUUUGAUCAAAUUUUCUGGCAUUUUGUGGUAUGAUCAUGUUUGGGAGGGGCUCGACUGGGGUGACAGUAAAUGUUCCUGCGCUGGGUGACACCAACACCACUGACGUAUUAUAUGCUCCUAGUUUUCCAAAACACACUCCAUACAUCCAUACAUGUGUGAAGGAGUUAGUUUUAACUAUUACAUUUAUCCUUCUUUUGGUCUUUGGAGCUCUAAACGGCUUGGGCUCAGGCUAUUUGGCCAAUCGCCUCUCCUCCUACAAACCAGCUCGGGCACUGCGGUCAGCAGUGCUCUUGAUCCCACCUCCUUCUCAAGUGAGGCUGGUGGGAAUGAGGGAGAGAGCCUUCUGCGUGAUCACGCCCCAUCUCUGGAACUCCCUCCUACCCUUCAAAAAACAACUGAAGACUCAUCUUUGCUCAUUAGCAUACAGAGAGGAGGAAGAUUAGAUAAUGAGAAAUCCAUACGGACAUCUGGUUGAGAACUAUUGUUGUAUCUGGGCCCUGCUAGUCCAUGUUGGCCCAGCUGUCAUCAACCCACAUCACUUCAUGAACUUUGGUUGGCUCCUGUAAAUAAAUAUGGAUGUCUCAUACUUAGGUUUUAUGUCAUUAUGUAAUUUGUUUGUCUACGCUUUGCUUAAUUUAUUGAUGUUAGGUUCUAAUUUUACGUUUACAUGUGGGAUUAUUCUGGAUUAUUUUGCCACUACAUAUUUGUUUUUAUUAAGGCAUUGAACGUUUGCCUUUUUGUAUGUUGGAACCCACCCUGAGUCCCUGUGGGGAGAUAGGGCAGCAUAGAAAUAAAGCUAUUAUUAUUAUU